AUGGAUAGAUACAAUUCUAAUACAGAAAAUACUGCCUUCAACCAAACUGAGAACGGUAGGAACUUACCUCCAACUAAUAUACCUUCAAAUGUUCCCGAUGGCACUGAGGGAAAUGGAAUUGAUUUAAAUGAACGAAGCAAUGAAACAACAGGAGAUACAUACUUUCAUGGAAAUUCUCGUACUUUGAGUGACUUUGUAAGCGGUGUCACAAAGACUGACCUCAUACCAGCCAGAAUUUUUCCAAAUAAUGCUGGAAGUUAUCUUCAAAUGCAAAACUUAUGGCAUGCAUCAACAACUUCAUUUUCUCAUAGUAGACAAUUUCAAGGAGCUUCAAAUAUGGCAUUUCUGGAAAAUAGUACACAUCGAACGUUCAUUGAGAAACAUAGAGGUUUUCAUGGCGGUAGUUCAUCAGCUUCAAGAAAUCAAUCUAAUGCUUUUAUCCACCCUUUUGGUGGUCCAGCUGGAUAUUUUGGAGAAAAUGGACUAUGGAACAGAGGAAACGAUGCUAAUUUCUUGAGAAAUAUUAUUGAUCCUCCACCUUCUCUUUUAAUUGGGAAAACUAUCACGGGUGGAAGAUCCAGGGACCCAGGUCACAGGGAUAAUCCUAUUGUUAUCGAGGAUGAUGAAGAAGAUGAACAUGAUGAUACUCAACAAGAUGGUAUGUUCUAUGAUGUUGAAAUGUCGUACAAGGCAUUUUUGGCACUCCAAGAGCAUAUAGGUGGCAUUGAAAUUGGAUUGAACAAGAACAUUAUUUCUAAACUUCUGAAGCAUAGUAGGUAUCAAAUAAUAAAGAUGAAAAAUUGUAUUAACUCUUGCUGCAUUUGCUUGGAAACUUAUGAAGAUGGAGAAGUACUAGGAAAAAUUGGCUGUGGACAUGAAUUUCAUUGUCAAUUCAUCGAGGAGUGGCUGGAGAUCAAGAAUUCGUGUCCGGUUUGCAGAAGGAUUGCUUUGACUUCAGCUAGUAAUCUUUGGUUCUAA